AUGGCCAGCAGCAGAGUAGUUGGUCUUUUCUCAAUAGUCUUGAUUUGCAUUACAAUAGCACAAGGAAGAAAAGCACUUAACACUAACAAUGAAUUUUCAGCAUCGUCUCUAGUUAACAACGAUGAUGGCAUCUGCAAAAGUAUGGUAGAGACACAAGGUUACACAUGUGAAGAACAUAAGGUUACAACAUCAGAUGGCUUCAUCUUGAGUAUUCAAAGAUUGCCGACAAGGCGGUCCGGUGAGAAAGCAAACAAGCCAACAGUGUUGAUACAACAUGGUCUCUUUCAGGAUGCGGUAGUAUGGUUGUGGAAUUCUCCGGAUGAAUCAUUGGCAUUUAUUUUAGCGGAUAACGGAUUUGAUGUGUGGAUUGUCAAUGAUCGUGCGUCAAGAUAUAGCUCACACACAUCAUUAACUCCUAAUGACCAGAUUAAUCAAUUGUUACAGGCUUACUGGGAGUGGUCAUGGGAAGAAUUAGCUAAUAAUGAUCUUCCUGCUACAGUGCAAUAUGUUUACGACCAUACUGGUCAAAAAAUGCACUUUGUAGGUGAUUCACAGGGAUCUCUAAUGGCUUUUGUUGCUUUUUCCCAAGGGAAUCUUCUUAAUAUGACAAGAUCAGCUGCAAUGCUUAGUCCAAUUGCUCAUAUGGGUCGAAUUAAUUCGGAUGCAACAAGACUUGCUGCUAAACUUUUUUUAGCUAAUUAUGCAUACUGGUUGGGCAUUCGACAAUUCCUUCCUAAUGCGGCUGAGGGAUUAAUGUUUUUGAAACACAUCUGCGAUAUACUAGGGCUUGACUGCGUAAACCUACUGACACCUUUCACAGGUCCGAAUUGUUGUAUAAACUCUUCCAGGAUAGAUUACUACCUCGAACAUGAACCACAACCAACAUCAACAAAGAACUUGAUCCAUUAUUCUCAGAUGAUUAGAACAGACACAAUAGCAAGGUAUGAUUAUGGUCUUCUGGAAAAUCUUCGUCGCUAUGGUCGAGUACAUCCUCCAAAUUAUGAAUUGUUCGCAAUUCCGAAAGACUUCCAUCUUUUUCUCGGAAUGGGAAGGUUAGAUAUGCUAGCUGAUGUUGAAGAUGUGAAGUUUUUGCUCAGUUACGAGUUCAAAAAUCAUGAUCCUAACAAUCUCGUGCAAGUUCUCAAGGAAAAUUAUGCACAUGCUGAUUUUAUUAUGAGUGUCACCGCUAAACAAGACGUUUAUGAUCCCAUGAUAGAUUUUUUCAACAAACAGUGAUAUUUACAGGCAUCAUUUGUGCUUCAAAUAAAUAUACUCCUCUAUAUAGAGAACAGGAGUAUAUAGUUAUGAUUAU